AUGGCUCCCAAAGAUUACCCGCCCAUCCACCAGGUCGCGCAAGACUCCACGGAGCCGCGUGCCAAGGGCAAAGUCGUGAUCAUCACCGGCGCAAACUCCCUUCUCGGCAUUGGCCGGGCUUCGGCGCAUCAGUUCGCCCAGAACGGCGCCCUUGCCGUCUACCUCUGCGACUUCGCCGACGACCAUCUUGCUGCCCACAAGCAGGACCUCGACCGCCGCUUCCCAUCCGUUGAUAUCCACGUCCGCAAGUUUGACGCAGCCGACGAGGCCGCCGUCCGCGACGUCAUCUCCGACGCCCUGCAGCGCUACGGCCGCCUCGACGUCUUUUUUGCGAAUGCCGGCAUCCUGGGCCCCCAGACCGUGUUCAGCAACGUCGACGCCGACGGCUUCAUGCAGACCUUGCGUGUCAACACCCUGGGCCCGUUCCUAGCGGCCAAGUACGCCGCCCCGGCCAUGCAAAAGACGUCCGCCGCCAAGCCUGUGGCCGGCGGCAGCAUUGUCAUGACAGCGUCCGUGGCUGGCAUGCGGUCAAACGCCGGGUCGACGCCGUACUCGGCCUCGAAGGCGGCCGUCAUCUCGCUGGCCCAGACGCUGGCGUUCCAGCUGGUCGGCACGGGCGUGCGCGUGAACGCCGUUUGCCCCGGGCUGAUCGAGACGGGCAUGACGUCGGUUGUGUUUGAGGCAGCGAGGGCGCGCGGCACACAGGGCAAGAUUGGCCAGCUCAACCCGCUGCGGCGCGGGGGCCACGCCGACGAGAUUGCGCGUGCGGUGCUGUUCCUGGGCAGCGACGAUGCGAGCUACGUCAACGGCCAGGCAUGGGCGGUCGACGGCGGCCUGAGCGCGGGCCACCCCUUUGUGCCAGGUAAGCUGGCGUAG